AUGAUGACCCACGACGAGCCCUUCAAGAUGCCGACGCCGCCCGACACGACAACACACAGGCACGACGUGAGCCACAGUCCUGGAGAAGAGUCGACAUCGCCGGGGNGCUGCAAGCGAGACGGCCCGCUAGACGACGAGGCCGAGAGGAGCAAGAAGCGGCGCAUCACUCGAGCCUGCGACUUGUGCAACAAACGACGAGUCAAGUGCGACGGACAGCAGCCAUGUUCGAGCUCCUUUGGCACCGACCAUGGCAUGCAAUCAUUCAUGCAUCGCCCGAGCCUGGGAGAACGCCACGCUUCGACCGUCACCUUGGACAGCAACACAAACAUGUGGAAUGGCCGAUAUUCGAUUGACCUGGGAACUGCUGCUUUCAAUGCAUCCAUGUCGGCCCCGGUUUUCGGUGCUGAAGACGGUGCCUCGGAGACAAACUCGGGAGGUGCUGGACAUCCCAAAUAUCCUGUCCUCGUGCCGCUCUUGCCAUAUGUCGCGUCCAUUUUGACCGAGGCUCAGGCUGCGAGUCUGCUCGAACUAUACUUCACCAGCCAAUUCAACACAUUCAUGCACCCCGUGUGUCGCCAUAUACAUGCCUUUGUUUUCCGAAAAGCUUCGGUAAUGAGCAAGGAGAAUCCUCGAAGUUGUAGUCCGGCGCUCCUCGCAAGUAUGCUAUGGGCAGCGGCCGAAACAGGAGGCCCGGAAACUCUGUCCUGGUCACACUCCAAACGCAUCAACAUUUGCAGGAAACUGCGACUGGUUACAAUUCGCUUGCUCCACCCCUUGGUUCACUCGGAUAUUGGCUGUGUCCACGAGUUGACCGACGGUCCCACCAGAAAACUACAAGAAUCAAGUUCGGGCACGCUCGACGAUGUCAUAACAUAUAUCCAUAUCGCUGCCAUCACAUCUGCUAGCGAGGAAAAAGCCAUGAGCAUGAGAUGGUGGCACGCAGCUUUCGCUCUUGCGCGAGAACUUGGUUUGAACAAGGAGCCCAUCUCCGGUUCAUCCAUUCCAGGUGUAUCACCAACAGCCAACAACCAGAGCAUGAUCGAAUUCGAGAGCGACCCCUGGCUGGGACUAAACUCGUUUGACUUCGACAAUGGUCUUGCACAAUACAUGGACGCUGCAGAUACCGCACAGCCCGAAGUGGAUCAAGAGACGCUGGAAGAGCGGAGAAGAACUUGGUGGUUGCUGUACAUUCAAGAUCGUCAUCUGGCUCUCUGCUACAAUCGACAAAAUGCCUUGCUGGAUGCUGAGUGCGAAGAUCUCCUAUUACCCCUGGACGAAGCAUCGUGGCAGUCUGGCACUUUCUCAUCACUCACGCAACGCCCACAAUUCCCUUCUUUCGAAUGCACUGGUCACAAUAUCUACGGCUGGUUCCUGCCGCUGAUGACAAUUGUCGGCACAAUACUCGAUUACAACCAUUUGAAGAAUCACCACACCCUUGGCAAGCUCUACACAGAUGGUCAGCGCGUGCAAUCUCAGGUCUUGCUGCAACUCGACAACUACGCGCAAAGUCUUGUUCGAUUCGAGCAACAAGCAUCGGCACUCGACUACCAGGAUAUCCAUCACACAAAAACCGUCGUCGCAUACGCCAAUCUCGUCAUUCAAGUUUCGCGGGUCCUACUAGCAGGAAAGUGGGACCCUAUGUCUUUGUUCGACGACCGAGAUCUCUUCAUGGCUACGCCUUCGUUCACCACAACCAUCGCAAAUGCCAUUGCAGCUGCCGACAACGUCUCGCAUAUUCUGGAUGUUGAUCCGGAUCUCGGUUUCGUACCCUACUUCCUCGGAAUUCAACUGUUGCAAGGCAGUCUCCCUCUUCUCUUGAUCGUAGAUCGACUGCAGACAGAAACGGAUCCGAAGAUAAUAAAUGCAUGCGAAGUCAUCAUUCGAGCGACCGAGGCUUGUGUAUCGACUCUGGACACGGAGUAUCAGCGCAAUUACCGCCAAAUCCUUCGCUCCGCAGUCACACAAGCACGAGGCCGUUACGUACCACAGAAAGAAACACAAUACCGACGACACACCGUACUCGCACUAUACCGCUGGACGAAGAACGGCACUGGUAUUGCGCUACGAUGA